AUGGCAUAUCCGUUCACUUGUUUGACAAUUUUUCUUGCAACUUUUUUGAGCUAUUCAGCAAAAGUUGCAUCUUUGCAAGUGGGCUUCUAUCGAAAGACAUGUCCAUCAGCAGAAGCUAUAGUGGAAAGUGUUGUAAGCCAAGCAUAUGCUAAUGAUUCAGGGAUAGCUCCUGCUCUCAUUAGACUUCACUUCCAUGACUGUUUUGUCAGGGGUUGUGAUGCAUCGGUUCUUCUGAAUUCAGUACCAGGAAAUGUUGCUGAAAAAGAUGGCCCCGCCAACUUUGGUGUACAAGGCUUUGAGUUGAUUGAUGAGGCCAAGGCCAAGAUAGAAGCUCAAUGUCCAAAUACAGUUUCUUGUGCAGACAUUAUUGCCUUUGCGGCUAGAGAUGGUGUUUCCAGGGCUGGUGGAAUACACUACGCUGUUCCCAGCGGGCGUCGCGACGGAACAAUUUCACGAGCCUCCGAAGCAGCUGAAAAUCUCCCGAUGGCAACUUCCAAUGUUACAGUGCUUACAGAAAAUUUUGCCAGAAAAAGGUUGUCAUUAGAGGAAAUGGUAACACUUUCUGGUGCUCAUUCCAUAGGCGGCUCUCACUGCUCGAAUUUCGUCCAUCGUUUGUACUCAUUCAACUCAAAAUACUCGCAAGAUCCAUCUCUUGAUCCUGCUUAUGCAAAUUACUUGAGAAGCCAAUGUCCAAGAAUUUCCCCAAGUGCUAGCACAGGUCCUAAUCAGGUGGUGUCAUUUGAUCCAACAACACCUGACCGACUUGAUAAUCAUUACUAUAAGAAUCUGGAGAAGCAUAAAGGGUUGCUGUUUUCUGAUCAAGUCCUCUGGACAACUCCUUCAACAAGAAAGAUGGUGAAGAACAAUGCAGACCAUGAAAAUUUGUGGGCUCGGAAAUUUGCAGCUGCUAUGGUGCGAAUGGGCUCAAUUGAACUCCUCACGGGAACUCGAGGAGAGAUAAGGAAGAACUGCCACUUCGUAAACUUUUGA